CUUUCAGAGGCUACUAUCCAAACACAAGGGACAGCGGGACGGCAGUGGAGUGAAAGGUGCUGGGAAAGAUGCAAGAAAGAGUUAUGGCAGAAGAACAAUCUUUCUAUGAAGGCAAGAUCACAAAAGAUCUACUGACUAAGGAGAUUGAUCUGGUGGACAGAGACCCCAAGCGGAUUAAUGACAGUGUGAUCAAGGUGGAUUUUGAAGAUGUGAUUGCAGAACCACAAGGAACACACAGCUUUGAUGGUGUAUGGAAAGCCAGUUAUACCACUUAUACCGUAACCAAAUUCUGGUGUUACCGCAUCCUGUCUGCUGUCAUUGGCAUUCCUCUCUCCAUUAUUUGGGGUUUUAUCUUCGCUCUCAUUUCCUUUUGCUAUAUCUGGGCAGCUGUGCCUUGUGUCAAGAGUUACCAAAUAGAGACGCAGUGUUUGGGAAGGACAUUCUCCCUCUGUAUCCAUACCUUCUGUGAUCCUCUCUUUGAAGCCUUGGGCAAAAUCUUCGGUUCCAUCAAAGUGACUCUGCAGAAGAACAUGUAAUACUUGAAUAUCCUCGUUAUCAACCACACCAACCACCUUAAACAUUUUGGGAGAUAAGCUUGAACAAACACUAAGCUUAUCUUCAGAAACCAGCUAGUGAUUCAUCAUACCAAAGUAAUAUCAAUGGGAUAUUUUGGCCUUAUAAAAUACAUUUUCACAAACCAAAACCUACAGUUGUAAGAAUGUAAUGCUAAAUAUUAUAUCUGAUAACGACUGCUUGGAUUUUUAUCAUCAUCUUUCUUUCAAAACAUCAAAUGGCACAAGUCCUUUUAUCCAGCAGCGGAAAUGUCAGUGGCUCCCCCUAUAACUGCCUAAUUACUGUGUCCAAAUGAAUGAGAAUUCUGCACACUGUAUGGACAAUACAUGAAAGCUCUUCCAGCAUGCAGCUAUUAAUGUGGUAGACUAUGUACAUAUCUAUGACUAAUGGAUACCACAAAGACAACUUGGCCUGAAUUAUCAUUGGACAAUGGCAGUUUUAUAGCCUCAGCACUCAUCAUACUGGAGAUUGCACCAAGAUUAUGGCUUGAAAACUGAUGGAAGUCAUUGACUGGAUCAGAUCCAACCCUGUCAUUCCACUUACUUGGUUUUGGGCACUGCUGUGGUUCCAGUGAUGUGCAUUUGGCACAGAUUUCCAUGUGUCAGAGAUACAAUUUUCGAGAAUUUGGGGGCCUUGGCAAUGUAAGAUAACUGGGGUCCCCUAUAAGUGGGGGGAAACUGCUAAUAGUUCAAUUUCCUUGAUGGAUGUAUAUUAGACAUCUUGGAUGUAUCUGCAGAAAUUAUCAAUCUAUUGUUAUAUAAUUUACCCUUUGUGGUUUUACGGAUACCUUCCUCAAGGUCAAAUGCCCUCUGCCUUACUCUCAAAUCAGAUAUGACUAGUAUGUCCAUUGUUUUAGGUGGAACCCAUGUUAACCUUAGGUCAAAGUAAUAGAAAUCAGUUGUUAUAAUAAUGAGAGAUGCAGAGUUGGUUUAGACAAACCAUAAAUUGAAUCUGUACCAGCUACAUGUGAAGUAAUGGGAAGAGAUACUGUAGUGUGAUAUAGAGAGAGGAAGCCUGCAUAAAAAGAUAAUAGUUAUGGGGCAGUUCCAACAGAAGGACCAGGUAUGUUAAGAAUGGAUUGUAAGGGAUGUUGUACUGAGAAAACUGGUAGUGCUUAGUCAACUAAUAAAAAAUACCUGUGGGUUAGGCUACGGCACACAGAAUGGAUGGCAAGGACAUGAAAUUCCAGUAUCAAUCCUUGGAAGCCUGUCAUGGCAGAAAAUGUGCAUUUUUUUAGGUGGCAAUCAGCUGACAAACACCAAGGCCGUUGAAUUCUAUGAGAGACAGGGGAGGGGGCAUAUUUGGGCUUAUUUUUUAUUUAUUAUUGACACGCCAAAAAGACUAUUGGCAAAACUUUUGUGUUCUACCCAAUGUGCAACCAGCCUCAGAAGUAAGAAGACGUUAACAUUGCCUCUAGCUCUGGAUUAAUUCAUCAGGACAGAUAAUAACGUUGCCUUGCGUUAUCCUUCUGUAUAUCUUGCUUUGCAUGGAUGUUGGCAGUUAUUUGUUAUUUGUACUGCAUCAGAGAAAUCUGUGAAAAGCAAACAGAACAGACUGUAGGGCAGGAAUAGGCUGGAUGCUCAGAGAACAGAGAUAUUAAGUUACCAAAGCAAACUGACAAAUACUUUGGAACACAAACACUAUUUAAACAGCCAAGUGGUCCCGCAAAUUCUUCCAAGUCGCUGCAUUUCCCUGAUAUAAAUAACGUAACACAUAGGAUUUGGUGUUAACAGUCACAGCAUCAAAUAAACUGCUAUCAACAUU